AGAGAGCAUUGUAACAUAGUGAGUGUUGGUCGAUAUUUUGUAUUUUGUCCAUUCAAAAUGAUUCGAACGCAUAAGCGACAGGUUAUUGUCAAUAUGGACGAGUGUGUGGCCGAAUUAUUCGAAGCCAUUCAUAAAUCAACGAGCAAACCGGCAAAUAUAAGUGAUUCAGCAUUGAUAGCAUUGCUUUCACCGCUGGUAAAAGCAGCCAUCGAAACAAAAAACGAACCAAUUGUAGAGCGUUUAGACGAAGUGAUUAAGGCACAAGGGGAAAAAUUCAUUGACAAACUGAAAUGUGAACGCAUUGAAGACGAGUUGGAGUUUCAAAAGUUUCGCCGACGAUUUGCCAUUCGAUCAAUUUUACACAAUUACUAUGAAUGUGAGCAAACCGACAUGACACUACGCAAACUGUACAAUCAUUUGCAUCCGCAGUGUACGAGUGUUGAUUUGACAACGGAACGCCUGAAAAAUUGGUUAAAUCGCUUGGGUUUUUGCAUCGUAACCGUUCCGCACAAUCGUGAAAUUGUCAUCGAAAUGCAUUCACAGAAAUUGGCGCGGCUACGCUACAUUCGACGCAUACAAUCAUUGCGCCAAAUCGAACGGAACAUGGUCUAUUUUCGUGAAGUAACCAUUAGCAUUAAGUCGAAAACGGCUCAGGCGCCGCCUGAUGAAUUGACAGUAUUUUUUGCUGCCAACCAUACGGGACUUUUGAACUUUGCAUUCGUUGAAAAUGAUUCGAGGACGACGGAAAAUUUUGUCGAGUGGCUGACAAUCAUAUCAGGAAAUCAACCGAAAAAUACGGUACUGAUCAUUGAACCAAAAAUGUUUAGCGCACCAGUUAAACCAUCAAUUUUCGGCAGUGCCAUACCGACAUCGUUCAAGUAUGAACGGAUUUGGAAGAACUUCAACACAUUUAUGCCUGGCGCGAGUGCAAUUUCCGAAACCGUUUACUCCGUGGAAAUGUUGGAUUUUUGUUGGCAAAAUCGUGAAGCUGGCAUUGUGGUGAAGAAAUCGUUUGUUGACCCCACGAAAUCCAUGGAAGAAGCCGGCUUCGAAGUGCUCCAUCUGCCCUGUUUGCACACCGAGCUGAGUCCCAUGCAUCGAAUUGAUUUUCCCAAAUUAAUCGAAGGCGUACCGGAAAAGGAUCGAACACUUGACAAAAUUAAGGCAGUAAUUCGAUCGCAUUUGGACAGAAGCACGGCUGCGGAAUGGAAGGAAUACUUGGAAAAUGCCAUUCGCAUUGAGAACGACUUUCUUCGAUUCGAAGCACUUUUGAGCGAUGAGGACGAAGCAAUUGAAAUGGACGACAGUUCGGACGAUGUACAAAUUGUUGAUGAAAAUCGCGAAACGGUUACACUUAGCGACGACGACGACGACGACGGCGAGGAUGAUUAAUUAUGUUGACUCUAUCGAUUAGAUUUUAAGACUGAAUUUAAAUGUAACAGCAAUCAUCAUAACUGUCUAGACAUAUGAUACAAAAUAAAUAUUUCAAUCUCAAAACAAAUAAGUUGAGUCAAUGAAAAACACAUUUUUUUCAUCUUUUUCAUUCAAAUCGGUUUUCAUUCGACUAGCAAUUGAAACACAUGGGAAAAUGGUACCAUACAAACAAUUGAAUUAGGAGAGCAUUUGAAGCGAAUUCAUACACAUGCACAAAUGCCAUACAAACACUAGCACCGCACUUUGUACUUACACGCCGCACACAUUUGCCAGUGAAGGCACGCUUUGUGCACGCUAUACCCUCGAACAAAUGCCAUCAUAUGCAUUUGCGUCGUAGUUUCGUCUCUUUCGUACAAUUCGCCGCACAUUUCAAUCUGUGUGUGACUGUUAGCAGCGCUUGUUGAUGCAGAUUUGUACUCACACGAAGCUUUGCUCCUCAGUUCGACGAGCAACGAGAAAGUGAAGAGACGGACGAUAUUCGGGUAUUUGUGAAAAGAAAAGAAAAAAGAGUCUUUCGUUUGACACUUUUUAUGGCUUUAUUUUCGGGCAAUGUUGCAAAUAUAGUGAGCAUAAAGCCGCAUUUAAUGUUCUACAGUUUUUCAUACAUCGAAAUUUCGUUAAUGUGUGUGAAAUAAAGCAGUGAAAAAAACUUUUUUUUUCUUUUUGAAAAUUCCUUGAUGGAAUUUUUGACGCUAUUCCUCCGUACAUUGUGUUACAGUGGUGAAUGUUUCUAACUUCAAUUACAACGAUCUAAUGGCCAAAAAGGCAACGAAGCUGUUGAAUUUAAGUGUUCGUCAAUCGCAACAGCAGCAGCAGCAGCAAUAACCAUUUAUUAAUAUUAUUGCUGAAAUCCAGUUGAUGGAAUGUGGAAAGAUCCGUGAAUAAAUACACAAAUCGUGAAAGUUUUUUUUUUUCUUCUUUCUUCAUUUUUGGUGUGUGAGAUAACCUUUCCGUUGCAAAAAAACGCGUAUAGAAAAGAGAUAAAUUUUCGAAAGUACAUAUUUCGAAUGAUUCCCAUGUGAAUAUCAAGUGAUGUGUGCAAGCGAGACAAAGUGAGAAAUAGUAGUGAAUUGAAGAAUGCCAAUGGGUUUUAUUCAGUGAUCCCUCAUGCCGUAGUGAUUCAAUUGUGAUAUUGAUAAUUAUUGGAACGAAGUAUUGCAGCCGAAAUAAACACAAGAAAAAUGGAUUUAAUUGAAACUCUGGAAAAUAUGGACAAGAGUGAAUUUCUGCCGUUGAGCACGGUCAAACAAGAAAUGCUUGACACUGGCAACGGUAUUAACGACAGCGGCGGUGGCGGUGGCAGCGUUGCAAAUGUAACAAUUGCCGAAAACAAUGGAAUUAACUGUGCAACGACAAACAAUGGCUCCGAUGCUGUUGAAGUGAACAAUCCCGUGUGCGAUAGCGCCGAGAAACAGAGCGAUAGUGACAAAUCGAGCACAAACGAUGAAACCAGAUACAAAAAAUGUGUUUUUUGUAGCCAAAUCUUGGGUACGAAAGAUAAUCCAAAGCUAUUGGAGUGUUUACAUGUGACUUGUAAUGCUUGUAUCACCGCUAAAUUCAGUGAAAUUAAUAGCGGCCAACCGGCCAUCGUUGUUUGCCCGAUAUGUAAAACAACCAGCACAUAUGACGGCAUCAUACCUGAUCAAUUUCUGAUGGAAUUGUCCGAAGCAAAUUCUGACGAAGCACAAGCGUCAUCUGAACUUGAUGCAAAGACCAUCAAAUGCAGUAGUUGCACCGAUGAUGCAUCAGCUACAUCGUGGUGCGUUGAAUGCGCGGAGUACAUCUGUGACAGUUGUGUGCAAGCACAUCAACGUUUAAAAAUUACAAAAGACCACACCAUCAAAUCGAAAGAAGAAGCAUUAGCCGAUAAUCAAUCGGCUGUAAAUGAUGAGAAAAUGCUCAUGUGUCACAUUCAUCCACAGGAAAAACUAUCGCUGUUCUGUGAAACGUGCGAUAAAUUAACAUGUCGAGAUUGUCAAUUGGUCGAUCAUCGUGAUCACAAAUACAAAUUUGCCAACGAAAUUGCAACGGAAACAAGAACCGCUUUGGAUUUGUUAUUGAAUGAAAUCACAUACAAACGUGUGCUGCUAAAUAGUGCAAUGACUGUCAUUGAUGAUCGUCAGAAGUUGAUUGCCGAUAAGAAAAAGGAAUUGGUCACCGAAAUUACAAAUAUGGUCGUUCGAAUCACGAAUACAGUGAAUAUGAGGGGAAAGCAGCUAGUGACACGACUGAGUGAAGUGUGCGAUGGCAAGCUUAAAGUGUUGAAUGAAAAGAAAGAAGCUCUGCAAACGUUAUCCAACCAUACUGAUCACUGUAUUGGUUUCGUUAAGCUGGCACUGGAGAAGGGUAGCGAUAGUGCAGUUCUGUUUAGCAAAAAGACACUCACAUCACAUUUGCAAAAGGUGAAAGGUCAACGUGCCGACAUUCCAAAUCCAGAGAUCCCUGUUCGCAUUCAAGUUCAAAUGAAUCAAGUGCAAGAAUUGCAAAAAGUUAUCUCACAACUCGGCACAAUUAUCGUUGAUGGCAAACAGUAUCCACCGGUGGUGUCACCCGUUCCGAAUGCUGUACGUCAGCAACCAUCACCAUCGAAUGUCAAUCCAAUUCAACCGCCGAUCAAUUCGCCGAAUUUAAUUUUAUCGCAGCCACAACCACAACCGCAAUUGCCACAACCAAUUCCUGCACAUCGAUCAAAUAUGCCGCCACCUUCUCGUUCACCGCAAAUUCCUGGCUCAAUAAAUAUGCGCAAUAGUUUGUUUGGUAGUGGUAAUGCACAAGCGCCUGUACAACAGCAGCCAAAUUUCCAGCAACAGCAACAGCAACAACAGCAGCAGCAGCAGCAACAGCAAUCAACACAGCAACAAGCUUGCAACAUGUCUCGUCCAUUCCAGCAAGAUAAUUCAAUGGGAAAUGUGGCUGGUUUUGGUCGCUUCCCGAAUUUGGCACCGAGACCGGCGCAAUUCCGUCAGAUGACACCUCACGUUAGCUCAUCGACACAUCCACAAAAUAUGGGAGGAGCAAAUCAAGCGAUCGGACCAAUACAAUGCGGCACCGGAAAUGAAUUUGGUCCAUUGUUUAAUCAACAAAUGACACAGCAACAAGGUUUACCGGCACAAGGCAUGCAAAUGGGACACUUUGCCGGCAUUAAUGCUCAACAAUUGGUCCAACAGAGACGCCAACAGCAGCAGCAACAGCAACAACAACAGCAGCAGCAACCACAUCAACAUCAACAUCAACAACAUCAACAACAGCAAUUGCAGCAACAAUUGCAAAUGCACAAGCAACAAAUGAUGCAGUCACAACAACAAAAUCGCUCAGUAAUGCCUCCCACCUAUCCACAGCAAGGGAUGCCAACGCUGACAAAUCAAAUCAAUCAGCGACCAAUGAUGCAAAAUAAUGAUCUUUUUCUUGGGCAACAACUGAAUUUUCCGCCGAAUAAUCCGCCUGCAUUAAAUCCAGCCACAAAUUGCACAACCGGCUCUUCAUGGCACAUACCACAAUCGGGUCGAACAUCAAAUGGAGCAACCAACAAUCAACCGAGCCAAAAUCCACUCUCCAUGCAGUUUUGUUCAAACGGUCGUUUGAAUGAGAAUUCAUUUAAAAUCUCACUGAAGCCACAGAACACGCUGAAGCAACCUCAAGUUGCCCAAAGUCAAACGCCGACGCCGGUAACAUCGACAAAUCCAAAAACACCCAGCCCAAGCACAAAUGAUAAUUCAAAGGAGUACAAUGAUCCAAUUGACAAAGCGUGUGCCGAUAAUAUCAACGAUCUGAUGGCAACAAUUGCAAAAUUGGAUUCAAAUGGUGUUCAAGUUUUGCCGGAAGGUCAACGUGGAAAGACAACAUCACCUCAAGUUAGCUCAAGUGACUCUCUACUUCCAGCCGAUGCCGAUAAAAUUGAGCACAAAGAUGAUCCGAAUGAGGAUUGGUGUGCCGUGUGUUCAGAUGGCGGUGAGCUAAUGUGCUGCGACAAAUGCCCAAAAGUAUUCCAUCAGCAUUGUCAUAUACCGAUAAUAAAUCCGUUUCCCGACGAAAAUGAACCGUGGCAGUGUAUGCUAUGUUACAAUUUCAACGAUAUGCCAUUAGAGCCCGUUAUUGGCGAUAAACGUAGCGCUGGGCUAUCGCCUGCUGAACAUAAACGCAUACAACGUAUUCUCCUCGAAUUGUAUUGUCAAAAUGAGCGUAGCGCCGUUUUUCGGGAUUUAGAACCCGAAACAAAUCAUGCGUACUAUGAGAUUAUCAAAAAUGCAAUCACACUGGACAUUAUUCGCAGUAAAUUAGAUCCAAUCAAUCCGGAACGGUAUCGAGAUGUCCCUUCAUUUAUUGACGAUGUACGAUUACUGUUCGACAACGUUUACCUCUUCUAUCGCGAGGACUCGAAAAUUUACAAAAAUGCACAAUUCCUGGAUAAUUUCUUUGAUGAGUGUCUACAAAAAUUAUUACCAGACUAUGCAUCGAAACGGAGCAGCAGUGUAAAUGGAAGCGGUCGUGCACAUGAUGCAAAGCGAAUACGCCUUGAAAACCAAAGACCAACCGAAAUUAUUGAUGACGACGAUGUCAUUUUGGCUUAACACGAGGCAUUGUCGACUGCUGCAGCUGCUACUGCUGUUGCAGAUGAAACUCAAGCAAUCGAUUUAAAUCAACAGAAUGAAGAUAAUGUUAAUGAUGAGACACAUUUAGCAUCAUAGCACACAUAUGAUAGAGGAUAAUUUGGGGACACGAACUGAAACAUUAACUCAUAGACAUUAAUUAGUUCAGGCCAAUAAUUUUUUUGUCCAGAAAAUAAAUUUCAUUUCUUUCAUUUUAUUUUUGUUUAUUGUUGUUGUCCACAAACGAAGUAUUAUUAGUAUCGUAUAAAAAUAGCAACAACGAUCAACAACGAUUCAUACAAAACACAUUUUGUAGACUAAAUUAGAAGAUAAAACAUUAAGUGUAUUAAAAGUUAAGGACAUUUUUUUCACCAGAAAUAAAUAGAAUACCAUUUUGCAAUACGCAACGAUCAUUACACAAAUUGUAUUUUAGUCUGAUAGUAUGUUACAAUGAGAAACACUUUAUAGACAACAACAACUAUUUAUGAAAUGAGACUUAGAAGAGAAAAUGAAGGAAAAAAAAAACAGUAAUAAUAAUGCUAUCGAUAAAUCUAUCCUACUUAUAUGUAAGAUUACUUUUCACUUCACAUGAAAAAGACAAAAUGGAAAUUAUGUUGGUUUAGAGUCUUGAAAUUUAUCUUGAUUACGAUAAAAUGAAUAAAUUUUCAUAAAAUAUUCGCAAACAAA